AAUUAGUUUGAAUUUCAUUCUUUGAUUAUGAUAAUUAUUAUCGACACAUUUUGGGCCCAAGCCCAAGCUCAAGUCCUAGUCCAUUAACUAGCAAGGCCCGAUCGAACAACUGUGAUUAUUUCUUUCCUUCCCCGCCACAACCGCUUCGAUGAUCUAUCUUCCUUCCUGUCCAACCCUCUUUACCGUUCGUUACCGCUUCAGAUCGUUUGAAAUAAGCAGGCUUCUCGCAUUUCGUGACGCAGUCGCGCUCUCUCUCGGAACUUCCUGGUGGCUGGUGGGAAAAGAAAAGAUGAGGUGGAACUACCCAGAAAUAUCCUUGGAGGAUAUGAUAAAGCUGGUAAAUGGGUUUGAUUCUGGGAUCUGGGUAUCAAUCAAGAAAGCCUUGCAGUGGGGUUCCUUCUUCGAGAAUGAAUCUUCAGUUCUUCACCAACUCUUGUGUAAAACAGAAGAAAAAUCAUAUACGAUAAGGCUCUUGCAACUUUUUGAAGCAAUGGCUCAUCCAAAGUUGUCUUCAUCGUCGCUGUUGACAUUACAUCACUAGCAAAAGCAUCAUUCCUCUCUCAACCUGGGGACCAAUAUGACGAGGCAAUGCUGGCAGAGAAAAGUUGGACUACAAUUAGGUUUUGUCACCUGCAUAUAAGAAAAUGACAUCUACCUAGCAUCUAUGAUGGUGAUGCCCACUGAAGAGAAUUGAUACUUGAAAGCUCAAUCCAUCUCUGCCUUCUAUUUUCUUGUGUUCUUGCUUCUGGCGAUUCAAGUUCUCCUGGGUUUUUAUUCGGAUGAAAAAUCUACACUGUGGAAGUUCAAAGAGGAUGCAGCUCUUGAAGUGGGGGAAGAGAAUUGCAAGCACUGGCUCUGCAGACCCAUUAGUUGGCGUACAACGAAGAAUUCCUACUGGUUGCCUCUGCCAUUGGUCAUACAUCUUGAGGCAGUUGGCAUGGAAGUUAAAGUCACAGUGGAAACAA